UUCUUUGGCCAAAUCUGACGUCACAGACGGCAGCUGAUAGGCAGAAUUCAACUCUGCACGAUUCCCAUUGGUCGACGAGCCGGUAUAAACGAUGCCUUCACAGUAACCUGUUCCAGUUGUGUUGUUGUUCACUCACUGUACACUUGAAGAAUAGUAUGUAUAAAGUACUUCACAAUCAAGAUAUAAAACACGAGUGCUCGCGGUCAGGGGGACUGCACGCGUAUCCUGAUCAUUUCAGGGAACCUAAAAAGCUCUACCUCUAAACCACAGCCGUUUACUAAAUGAUCAUCUAAAGGUUCCUGUCCUCUGGUAGGACUUUGUAUAUAGUGUACAUAUCGCUUUUCUAACAGAGGAUCUCGCUCGUAUAAGCCGAGCAAGCUCGAAGGAUCAAAGAUACAGUCACGCGGUGAUUUAAAGGAGUCGAAAGAAUUUGAAAAUUUGCACUACUCGAAUCCCAUACAUCCGACGCAUUCAUCAACCUAGACCGCACUGAUCAGACUAAAUAGCUAAAACGCGAUAAAAGAGAAAAUAUUAGUGGAGAGAAAGAGAACGAAGAGAAGAACGAGCACGAUGAAGCAACAAGCGUCGGACGAAUUCCCUUUAUGGAUGAAAUUACUUUCUGCAGGCACAGCAGCCUGUAUCGCUGAUUUAGCGACGUUUCCUUUGGACACCGCCAAAGUCAGAAUGCAGAUUGCCGGAGAAAGUCGUCCUCUUCUGUUGGCAACAGCGGACGGCUCCAUGCUCGCGGUUCGAAAUACACAGCCAGGAUUAUUGAGGACAGUAGGAAACAUCAUCAGAGUGGAAGGAGCAAGGAGCCUGUACGGAGGUCUGUCCGCGGGACUCCAGAGACAGAUGUGUUUCGCCAGCAUACGGUUGGGCCUCUACGACGGGGUGAAGUCACGCUACGCUGGAAUCAUCGACGGUAAUAACAGGAGUGGAUCGAAGAGUAUUUCCGUACGAAUCGCCGCUGGAAUCACGACAGGAGCCAUGGCGGUGCUCCUUGCUCAACCGACCGAUGUCGUCAAGGUCCGCCUACAGGCUGGAAGUAUUGGACGAUCGGUGAGAUACAGCUCAACCCUGCAAGCAUACAGGAAUAUUGCUGCCGAAGAAGGAACGCGGGGCCUUUGGAAAGGAACCAUGCCCAACAUCUCAAGAAACGCGAUUGUGAACGUGGCGGAGAUCGUCUGCUAUGAUAUCAUCAAGGAGUUCAUCUUGGAGCGCAAUUACCUGCGCGAUGGAAUCCCUUGUCAUAUAACGGCCGCCGUGGCGGCAGGAUUGUGCACCACCUUGGCUGCUAGUCCUGUAGACGUGGUGAAGACUCGUUACAUGAACAGCGCCCCUGGCGAAUACAAAGGCGUGAAGGAUUGCGCUGUUCGUAUGAUGAUGAAGGAAGGCCCAACAGCGUUCUACAAAGGCUUCACGCCCAGCUUCACGCGUUUAGUGUCCUGGAACAUCGUUCUAUGGAUCACUUACGAGCAGUUCAAGGUCUACGCGAAGAAGAUGAACGGCGACCAGUGAGCACCAUAGCUGUCGCGUUCUACGUGCUCGAUCGACCGACGUAUCCGUCGAUUCGCAAGAUAUACACAUACGAGCCGUGUUUUAAUCAACUGCAGCUUCAUAAUCUGUAUUUCGAUCAUGUAGCUUAGAGAUGGGAGGAUGUAUUAUCGUGUAUUGGUUAGAUUUGGUCGUUUCGAAUAGAACUUAUUGCCUGCCGUCGUUUGCAGUUACACUUACUAAUAUUAAGUACGUUAAUACUAAACAUCCAUGCUUACAUACAUACGUAUAAGUUUCUCUCUAAGUAUCUUAGAUAAUGCAUGUUAUUGAUUCAUUGAAAGUUACAAUUACUUACUUUCUAUCGAUCGUUGGAAUUGCCGGGUUUUUUCGAUGAAUUCGAUAACGCUUAAGCACCUGUCUGUAGGGGACAGUUUCUAUCGCUAGCUUUUCUACCUAAUGCGUAUUCGUAUGUAACAAAUACUUGGAAAAGGUUCUUGCCUAUGCAUACGUUUACGAUAGAAAAGCUGUUACGCUGUGCUCUUUCAUAGAAUAUAAUUGUUAGCGCGAUGACAAAUAUUAAACUUUCUUUCUCUAAAGAACGUUAAGCGUAAGAAAGUUUAAGACGCAAUUUCGUUGAUCUUACCGAUAGCUUCGUUUGCAAACGACGACAGCCAAUUCUCCCAUCUAUCGUUGUAUGUUCACUUUUCUUUCCGUAGAUAAGACCGCGCGUGCACUCCAUAUCGACAUCUGAUCAAAUUGAAAUCAACUUGAAUUGGCGAUUUGACAAAACGGAGAAAACUUGUCCGUCCAAAAUUAUUUAUAAAAUAAUUUGAAUACCAUGCGUAUUGCAAUUGGUCUAUCUUGAUUCGAUUAAUUCUAAAAAAAAAAGAACAAAAAAGGAAAAGAAAGAGAAAUGCUCAUUUUUCGACAAAAUUUCGUCUUUCAACGAAGUGCACGUACGAUCGAGAAGAUCUUAGAAAUCUCUCAAUAAUCCAUAACGAAACAUUUUUGGCUACGUAAGUCAGCUUUAAAAACAGUAGAACAAUAGAGGAAAAAGAAAUUUCUCCCUUCCCCUACCCCCGAUGAAUAUUAGUAUAAAAUCGCGCGCAUUACGAUACGCCAGACAGACAAUAAGAUAUCAAAAUUGAUUUUGACUCGUUUGCGACGUCUGUUAACGAAAGCUACACACGCGCAUACAUACGCAAAAUGAUUAUUCGACUGAUUUCCGUUUCUAGACUCCGGUUAAUUCUUCGAGGCACGAAUUAAACAGAGAUCCUUUGCUAAUAUCUAUCUAUGUAAUUGUAAUUCGUUCUUCUGUAACAUUUGCGUUAUGCGGGAUAAUUUGUCGCAAUCGCUGCUAGAUAUUUAAAGAAAAAAGUAGGGGCGGAUAAUUCGCAAUCUCAUUUGGGGUCAAUUAAUAUUAUACAGGGCACAAUUUUUAUCGAAUUUCGAUCGACGACUUGUAGUCUAUUUUAAAGGCUAUGUUAUCAUCUAUUGAUGUACGUUUCACAUUAAAAAGCAAUUCUUAUCUUAUUAAUUCCGACUGUCUCAUCCAUCUACAUUUUUCUUUUUUUUUCUAUCCUUUUUUUCUCUUUCUUUGUUUUUCGUCUUUCUCGAUUCACACUUAUCAAACAGGUCUUGUUAUCCAACGAUGAAACUUGUUUCUUGUUUUCACUUUAUCCGUAAGGAUCGAUCGUCUUUUUAACGUCACAUGGAUCUUCGUGAAAUCCGUAACUGUAGCUCGAGUACCAUACAGUAUUAGUUGUUAUUGUUACACUCGAAUCUCGAUCGACAUCAAUUGGAUCAGUUCGUUACAAUGAAAUCAUUUGAUGAAACUUUCGAUUGAUCGACAUUUCCCUUUGUACUGUAUUCCUGUGUGUAACGAGAAAUUUUACUGCCCUUGUAUCGCGUAAAAGAAGCUGCAGAGCUGUAGAAAGAACAUGUCCAACGUAAGAAGUUUACCGAUUUCAAGAAGAACGUAUUAUUAUCUGUAUCGUAUAUAUACUUUAUUAACUUUGCGAGUGUCUUUAAUUCUUAACAACGUAAGAUGUCACGAAUGAACGCUGCUUCAUGAAGUCUUUUGCGUAUGGAAUGUUCUAUCGUAGUAGGUCUUCGUUACGAGUGGCACGUUUCUUUCAAAAUGUACAAAAAGCCGAGCGGAGAUACGAAUUGAAUCGCGUGUUGUAGAAUUCAACGCCUAGAUAUCCGAUUAAUGUUAAAUUGACAUGGUUCUAUAACUUCGAUGUGGUAGGUCGCAGCAGGCCAAACUAUCUUUUAUCACGCCCAACAGAAUUGCAAAACGAAUCGACUGAAUAUUUCUACCAUAGAUUUGGAUUUUACACGUUUCUAGCACGCUGAAGAACUGUACGAAAUAGAAAAAGCUGUCUCUAUUAAUUCUUCGUUACGAUUCGACGAUUUUCUACGCUCUCUUUUUGUCUCUCGAUUCUUUUCUAUCGCAGAAACAAUUCGCAGCUUUUCCACUUGGUUUCUCUAUUUUUUUUUCUUUUUUUUUUACUCUCGAUACGAUUCGAUCCGUUGCAUCGAGCUUCGAUCGCACACAAAGCACUGUCGACAGCAAAGCACUGUCUUUCGCCGCGUUAGAAAAAUACACCGCUAGCCACUUUCUGUCUUCGCGCUUUCCGCAAUUACUAGAUUUGUCUAGUCUAAAUUGUGGUAUACUUUUAAGCACCGAUCACACAGUAUGUAUCGCUUGUAAGCAGCUUGUAUUAAAGGUUGAGCAAUACGAAUUCUAGAGGCCCGAAUUUGGCAAACUUCGUGCAAAGAUGCGUAGCGAUAUAUGCGAUUAACGACCUUGUAGAAGACUGAAUCAAUUAAUUAAGGAUUAGUGUAAAAUACGAGUAAGAAUGGGAGGAUUUUCAGAUGCUUGCGAGUUUCGGGUGAAUACUUUUUAGCGAAAUAUUUACCGUAUUAUAAGUAAGCUUUAUUUUCUAUGAUCACAAUCGAUAAAGUAUCACAUACAAUUAAUGUAAAGAGCGAGGUACAGCAUGUAAAAGAAAAUGGAUUUUGCCUUUUAGAACACUCGCUUGAUUUUUCGCUUAACUAAAUCACUGUGUGGGCGUUCGUAAGAAAAAGUACAAUUCGUUUCGAGGAUUUUUUAUCUUUGAAAUUAAUUCGAAUCGCUUCUCCGUAGAUCCGCCGCUUUAAGUCUUCUACCGGAUUGGUUGCUCGUGACCUUGAUUUCUCGAAAAUUUCAUCUCACGUUUAAUCGUUUGCUUUAGCCAACGAAGUUCUCAAAUUCUGGUUAAGCGAACGUACUUUCGGUAUCGGUGAUGUUUAAGAUGCUCAAAUUUAAUAGAAGUUUCAAUUUACAAACAGCGACGCGUUCAUUUUCGAGAUUGUAUACAUUAAAACGGGGCUUCAGUUUCUAGAUAGGAUCUCCGUAGAAAUAGCUUGACAUUUGUUACGAGUUUAAAUAAAAAUUCUUCAAAGUGUACAGAA